CAAAUACAGUAUUAUAUGCAGUACAAUUCACCUCUCCUCAGGCAGCGAACCAGAACAAACAGAGAAAUGUUACAGAACCUUAAAUUCUUACAAUCCUCCCUGCACUUACUCCAACCUCAAACUCCACCCUCUGCUUGUUUUCCCAUCUUGAAACAUUUCAAAUUUUCCCGGAGAGACCUUACAAUUUGCACCAACUCCUCACUGCUUCUUCUCUUGGGUACACAGGCACUUGAACCACUCUAUCCCCCCUCUGAGGCAAAGGCUGAAGAAAAUUCACCAAGCUCCAAUCAACAGGAAGAGAAUGCUGCCACUACUACUCCCGAUCUUAAUUGCAACAACAAAGUAGCUACCAAACGAGCUUUUCUCGACAUAGCCAUCGAUGGAGAGCCUGUCGGUCGCAUUGUGAUCGGAAUAUACGGAGACGAUGUUCCAGCCGCCGCUGAUUGGUUUAGUAGCAUAGUAAGUGGAGCUGCCGGAGUUAGCUACAGACGGAAAGAGUUCAUCAAGAUCAUGCCAAACUACGUGCAACAUGGUGGACUGAGGUCUUAUGGUGUUGAUGCGGAGCUUGCCAAGAAAACUGGAAGUAAUUUGGCAGUCGAAACGCUGAAGGGGGAGUGGGAGAGAGUGUAUGAAAAGUGUCCGGGAGUUAAGAACUUGGCUGGUACUGUGGGGAUACUGGUGAGGGAUCCCUCUAAACCACCGCCCAAACAGAAGUUGGUUGCACGCAAUGGGAAGCUGGAGAUCGAUCAGGAGGAAGUCGGAACCGAACCGAAUGGUACCGAGUUUGUGAUUUCCAUCAAGGAUUCUCCGGAACUUGAUGCAUCAGCUCUUGUUAUUGGACGGGUAUUGGACGGGAUGGAGGUUGUAAAGAGAAUUGGACAAGUCAAAACUGUUCAAGAGAACACCGGGUCUCCUUAUUUCAGGGUGGCUAAGCUAAUAGGCGAUAAAAGAGCUGUGGUGGCAGAAAGAGGCUUCAAUCGGCCCUACGCAAAGGUGGUAAUCACCAAUUGUGGGUUGAUGUACUGAACCAAUUCCCCCUUUUUGCAUGCUUUAUUAUAUUGUUUAAACCAG